GCAUGCUCGCAAAGAUGCCGCGGCGACCGCGCUUCUUGCGUGGCUGCUGCUGAGGGGAGUUCUUCAAGUGUUGUUACGUGCUGCGAAAUGAAGCGUUUGGUCCUUCCUCCUCUUUCCCCCCCCUUUCCCCUUCGGCAUUAGUACCUCGCUUUGACUAUUCAAAGCGCUUCACACGAAUUAACAAGUUGCCGUGUGGUUAUAACAGCCCUGUAAAGGUUUGCCAUCCGCUGGGAUUUGCAGGGGAAGGAUCAGAGCAGCAAGUACGCAUCCUGGGAUAAGGACUAUCCAGGCAGCAACCGGCAGAGGGCACUCGAGUGAUAUGCUGGAUGUCAGGCACUGGACAGUUAUGCUGCUGGAAGACGCUGGGAUUUUGCAGCCGGGACCUUCGUGCCACUGGGCUUUGCAAUAGGAAGCCCAAACCAGGAAGUGAAGCAGCAAAGUUUAUCAGAACCCAAACAGACGGGCGGCGAUGGCGCAGUUUCAGCGCAGAGUUUGGCUCCUGGCUGUGUCCUUGGCCGUGACGUUCCACAUCACCCAGGCAGGGUCCCCCAUCAUCCGCCUGAAUGACCAGGAGGGCUCUAUUCUCGAGGGCAGCAACGUGACUCUGGAGUGCUUGUCGGAUGAAGAAGGGGAGGACUUAAGUGGAUUCACCUUCCAGAGAUACUCCAAGUGGCUCAAGUCCUGGAUCUCUUUGGAUCAAGUGAACCAGCUGCGCUGUCUGUUUUAUGACGUCACUGUGAACCGCGAUGACGGGCAUCUCCUCCUGACCAUCGGCAACCUGCAGUCGUGGCACACCGGGCUCUACCGCUGUGUUAGUUCCAACGCUAACACAGUGAGUGCCAAUGAUAGUUCCAGCGCUACCAACGCCUCCUUCUCCAGAGAGCUGGACGUACAAGUGGAGUAUCUCCACGGCAUCUUCCUAACUCGUUCAAACACCUGGUGCGGGACAGUUGGGGAUUCUGUCACCGUGCUUGAAGGCUCUGACCUGGAACUCAUAUGUUCAGCAGAUGCCUCACAGACCCCAGACUACCAGUGGCAAAAAGAGGGAGAUGACUGGAUUUCCAUGACCAACACCUUGACCAUUACCAAGGCAAGCCAGGAGGAUUCUGGAACCUACACCUGCCAAGCCUGGCAUCCUACCUUGCGCCAGCUGACCCAGAGCAAAUCAAUCAGUGUGUUUGUGGAGAGGAGUCAGCGUGCAUUUACACUAGAGUCCGUGAUGUCGCUCAGCACCCCGAUGUUGGCCCUGGCCGUGGCACUGCCAGCUGUGCUGCUGCUCUUAGUGGUCCUGGUAAUUGCCAUCCUCAUUCCCCGUCAUCGGGCAGCCGCCAAGAAGAAAGCAGCUCCGGAAGAAUCUGGCCAGCGCACUCCCAUCUACAAAGGCAGCCUGGAGUCUGUGCCUUCUGUUGUGGCAGAUACACACCCCUUGGUGAUGUAAUGAGGAAAACAGGGUGAAAUGGAGAUUAUUUUUUUCUUGUCAUUUCCAAGAUCCAGCUUCUUCUGAAACUAUGGGAUGGUGGGGAUGUCAUCACUGUACUGUGACUGGUUGUUUUUGUAUAUGUGUCUUGGGGGGGGGGGGCGUUAUCUGUUUUGUAGAAGUGGGCAAGAUGAAGGUGUUGGGGCUGUGGGUGUGGGGGGGGGGAGUAGGGAAGUCGGGUGUAUGUAAUUUUGUUUGCUCUGAAAUAGCUGCUUCCUUGCAAUUCUCAGCUUCCCUUCACAAGGGUGAACUUUAUCAUCGGCCUGUGGGUUGCCCUUUGACCCCUGCCUGUCCUACACUCAGCUGGAUUGUACCUUUUUAAGUGCUUUUACCUACAUUAAGCUGAUGAAAGGAAGGCACAGAGCCUCGGCACUAGGGCGUGCUUUACAGGACUUAAAAGAAUAAGAAUAAUUCUGACUCCUUCGUACUACUAUCAUGUUUGUUUGUCUGAUAUAAAAUUCUUCAAUGAAAUCCUCAGAAAGCAAAGAUGGGCAGACCAAAAACGGAAAUUAAUGCUGUACUGACUGCUGAAUGCUGGAUGAUCUCUCUCCCCCCUCCCCCUUGUGACUUUUGGACUGCUCCUUCAUCCUGCCAUCAGAGCACCGACGGCUGCUGGACUUUCGCUCUUGUAACAGCAGGCCCCGGAUUUCUGGCUAAAACUGCAAGCCCUGCAAAAACAGGCUUUGGGGUGAGCUCAUCUACUAUGGGGGUAUCUGCCCUGCUGGAAAAUAUAACCCAGACGGAUGCUUUCUCUUACACCUUCCUCCUCUGCAGCCCUGCACCGAAAUCCAGAGCUUUUUGGACGGGGCUCUGUGCUAGCUCCGAGGCGAGAAACCAGCGAUGUGCCUUGAAUUGCAGUUGUGCUUUGCUGUUUUUUGCAUGCCAACACGUGGUGUAAGGAGAAGUGGGCGUAUAUCAUGGCUGUCUCUGCGGCAUGCAGUUUAAAUGUCCCCCCAUCCAGCACUUGCUUUCAUCAGAAUAAAAAAUAACAAGAUCUCGCAA